AUGGAGCCCACAGCUCACAGCCAGCAGAAUGCAUCUACGCCUACCAGCGCAGAGACAGCUGAAGACCUUGCUUUCAAGUUAAAUGCUGCUCUGAGGGACAGUAAUAGAAAACUUGUGCUGGAGCUGCUGGAGAAUGGGGCAGAUGUGAAUUCCAAAGCUGAAAGUGGCUGGACACCACUGCAGAGUGCCGUGCAAGCUAAUGAUGAAGACCUGGUCCGGCUUCUGCUGGACAGGGGUGCUCGUCCACAUGACAGGAAGGACAACGGUGGCACUGCAUUUAUUGAGGCAGCAAUAGUGGGAAAUGUGAAUAUACUGGAGCUCCUCCUUGAUCGUGGGCUAAAUAUUAAUGACCAUGAUGACAAUGGCUUCACAGCGUUCAUGGAGGCUGCAUGGUAUGGGAGGGAAGAAGCCUUGAAAUUCCUGUACAGCAAAGGAGCAAAUGUGAAUUUGAGCAGGGCGGUUAGUGAGGAGAAAGCAAAACUGCAUAAAGGUGGUGGAACAGCACUGAUGGAUGCUUGUAAGAGAGGCAAACUCUCAGUUGUAAAAUCUCUGGUCCAAGAGAUGGGGGCCGACUUGAACAUUUGUGACAAGAAAGAUAGGAAUGCCUUGAUCCAUGCCCUCAAGGAAGGUGGUCGUACCAAGGAAGAAUACGAGUCGGCAGUCUCCAUAGUGCAUUUCCUGCUGGACAGAGGUAUUGAUGUGAACAGCAAAGAUGAAUGUGGGAAAACUGCUCUCAUCCUAGCUGUUGAAAUGCAGAGCUCAGAUUUGGUGAAAGCUUUAUUGGAGAAGAGUGAAAUAAAUAUUGAUGAUGCAGAUGAGGAGGGCAACACAGCACUGAUGGUGGCUGUAGAGAAAAACAAUUACGAUAUAGCGAAGCUGUUGUGUGAGAAAGGAGCAAGGACUGACGUUGGGAACCUCAUCGCCGUUGCGAACAGGAACCGUGCUCACGACAUGGCACGUCUCCUCCGCCACCAUCACGCCAGGUUUGUUCCAGAAACCCUCCCGGACUGGGAGCCACACAGCAAGCGCUGGAGGGAGCAGCUGAAAAAGCUUUACAGAAUAUACCGCCCCAUGGUUGGCAAACUGAAGACAUUUCAGUACGUGCAGCAGAGAAUUCAGGACACUUCCCAGGGUGGCAUCUACCUGGGGCUCUAUGGUAGGACAGAGGUAGCAGUAAAAAUAAGCCGCAGUACAGAGGGUGACAAAGAGAAGAAGUUCUUUGAACGGUGUAGUAACUGUGAACACCUAUUGAAGCUCUUCCAGUUUGAGAAGGACAGAGGCUACAUGUAUUUAUGCUUUCCCCUCUGGGAGAAAAACCUUGAGGAAUAUCUGCAGGAACCAGAAGACCAAGUUGUUUACAAAGAUGCUCUGAGGAUGAUCUUCCAAGCAGUGAGAGAACUGCACUCCCUUGGAUUUGCUCACCAGGAUCUGCAUCCCAGCAAUUUUUUCAUAGAUUUAGGCGGCAAGAUUUACUUGGCAGAUUUUGAUAAUAAAAGAAUGUCGAUCGAAGGCAAAAAAGAAUGCAUAAACUCAGAUUUAAAGGCCCUCAGCAGGCUUGUGCUGUAUGUUUUAACCAGGGGUAGGAAACCCCUUCAUCAAGUCAGUAUUGAGGAUUUGGCUGCUGAUUCCCCAGAUUACAAUGAGGCUCUGGACCUCGUAAAUAGCCUGGUCUCUCCUGAUGAACGAGGCUUGGAAGGUUUGAGCAAACAUCCCUAUUUCUGGAGCAAACAGACCAGGUUCAAGUUCCUGAAAAGUAUAUGGAAUAAAAUCAAAGAUCUCCCCCAUCAAAAAGCUGUCUUUCGAGCUCUUAAUUCUACUGAAUGUUCUCCUUAUCCACGGUGGACUGAGGAGAUUGACAAAGAUGUUCUGUAUUGGAUGGAAAAUCCUCCAAAAAUAAAACCGGUCAAAUAUACCAACAACAUCACUGACCUACUGAGACUCAUCAGAAACCUGGACGAACACCCAAAUUUCAGGAUCAGCAGGAUAACAGGAGAUCAUGCUGAGUAUUUCUUGAAGCUUUUUCCAAAACUUACCAUUUAUGUCUACAACAGUUUACGCCAGAAUCCCAAAUACAGUCACUUUGCAGACAUUCAGGAGCCUUCUCUGUAA